AUGAUAAUUUUGAUACUUGUAUCGGUUGUAUAUGCUCAAUUAGAUUAGCUGCGAGAAACAGAAUUGGGAUCAACAUUAUUAGAAACAGUUUAACUACACAUUUAGGCAGAUGAACCUACAGGAGAUUUAUUGUAAUUAUUGAAUGGAAUUAAUGGUAAUAAUAAAUGAUUAUAAAUAUACAGAGAAACUAAUAAAAUAAAGGAAUAAUACUAAUAAACUCUAAAAAUCUAAAUUAGAUGAGUGCAUGUAAAAUGUUGAAUCGUUAGAGGAAUUGAUUGCAAAACUGAAGGAGAAUAAAGUAGUUGUGAAAAUAAUAAAUAGUAUGAUGUACGAGAAGAGAUCUAUGCACAUAAACCUCACAUUGAAUAAUUUGAACAUAUGAUGUCAACUAAAAAGAAAGAGAAGGAAUUAUUAAUAAAAAAUAUAGAGAUUUGUCAAAAUAGGGAGAAUAUACAAAAAGAAUAAUAUCAUAAAUUAACAAUUUAAUUAUAAGAGAGAAGAUAUGAUUAUGUAAAUCAAAAGUAAAAUUUAUUAUAUUCUUAAGUUUAGAAAUCCAUUGUCUCUGAAAAUUGAUCAAUAAAGUUUAAAACCCUUAUUAAACGAUUUGAUUGAUUUUACAACAGAUAUGAUGUCAUUAGAAGAUAAAUAUUUUGAUGAAAAAGAAUAAUAAACCAAAAAUUUAAUCACAUUAUAUUAAUCAUAAUUAGAUAAUGUUUUAUAAUUUUUGGAUGAAAUCUAAGAUAACAUUAAUGAAACUGAACAUCUUGUUAAAUAAUUAGAAUUGGAAUAUAAUGAAAUUAAUCAAAGAAUUAAUGUACUCAUCAAUUUAUAUUAGUUAAAACAAGAAUAAGUUAAUGAUAUCAAGCAAGAUUGCAAUAAUAUAUUUUAAUAAUCUAAACAUUAAUCAUAACGAAUAACAAAAGAAAUUGAAGUUGUCAAUUAAAUUAUUUAACUAAUUGAACACAAUUUUGGAUGGCUACGUUCACAAUUAGGAUUAUGA